AUGUCCUAUGACCCGCUAGAACCUCCACAACCGGCCCAGCCGGCCGACCUGCUCGCCGCCGCCGGCCACACCCUCCAGCGCGCCGCCCUCAUCGUCGCCCGGAUCACACACCGCCCCGCCGCCGAGCCCGCCGAGCCCCGCGCACGCUUCCGGGCCUGCAUCACCCAGUUCGACCGUCUCUCCGACGCCCUCUGCCGGAUCAUCGACCUCGCCGAGGCCCUCCGGAACCUCCACCCGGACCAUGCCUGGCUCGACGCCGCCAACCAGGCCCACAGCCUGCUCUCCCGCUACAUGAACACCCUCAACACCCACCAGGCACUCUACCAGACCCUCCACUCCGCACUCGACCAUCCCGAAGUCAACCACCCCGACCUCUUCGCAGCCAAGACAGUCGCGCUCCAGUUCCUGCGCGACUUCCAGCGCCACGGCAUCCAUCUGCCCGAGGACGACCGCCGGAAGCUGGUCGAGAUCUCGGACGAGAUGCUGACGGUGGGCCAGCUGUUCUUCAGCGGGAGCGCCGGGAGCCUGGAGCCCACCUGGGUGACGCGGGGCGAGGCGGGCGAGAUCGGCUCGGGGUUCGUGGCCGGGCUCGACUUCGCCGGGCGGGGCGGAAGGGCGGCGCUGGACCCGAGCGAAUGGCCGGCACACAUGCUGCUCAGACAGCACCCCUCGGAGGCCGUCCGGCGCCGGAUCUGGCUCGCCCAGCGCCAGGCCCCGGACGCCCAGGUCGCCCUGCUCGACGGCCUGCUCCGGCUCCGCUACCAGUUCGCUCGGCUCACCGGGAAGGACAGCUGGGCCGACGUCGUCCUCGAGGACAAGAUGGCCGCCAACGCGCGCAACGUCACCGGCUUCCUCGACGGCCUGGCCGCCAGGACCCGCCCGAUCGCGCUCGCCGAGCUCCAGCGACUGGCCCCAGGACGCCCGGCGAUCGCCCCCUGGGACCGCGACUUCUACGGCCAUCUGGCGGCCUCCAAGGCCCAGAAGGCCGGCCACCCCGCCCUCCCGGCCUACUUCUCCGUCGGCAGAUGUCUCGAGGGUCUCUCGCUUCUCUUCACGCGCAUCUACGGGAUCUCCUUCCACCUCGAGACCCCCGACGGGCCGGGCGAGCUCUGGCACCCCUCGGUCGUCAAGCUUGCCGUCCUCGACGACCGCGAGGGCCGUCUGGGCACCAUCUACUGCGACCUCUUCGACCGCCCGGGCAAGAGCCCCGGCGCGGCCCACUACACCGUCCGCUGUUCGCGCCGCACCGACCUCGACCAGCCCCACCUCGACCCCUCCUUCUUCCACACCCUCGACCCCUCCACGCCCCUCCUCGACCACAUCUAUCCCCACCCCCUUCCGCCAGACCCCCUCCCCUCUCCCGCCGCCAAAAGAGAAGGCCUCCCCGGCACGUUCCAGCGCCCCAUCGUCGUCUUCAGCUGCUCCUUCAGCCCCCCCUGCGCCCACUCCGACUCCUCUCCUGGCCAGCCGAGUCUGCUAGCAUGGAGCGACGUCGAGACCUUGUUCCACGAAAUGGGCCACGCCAUCCACUCGAUGGUGGGCCAGACCGAGUUCCACAACGUCUCCGGGACCCGGUGCGCGACGGACUGGGUCGAGCUGCCGUCGAUCCUCAUGGAGCAUUUCGCGAGCUCGGCGGAAACGUACCACCAAGUAGAGCUAGCGCUGCUGGACCAGCGGCUGCAUUCGGCGCGCGUCGCGCGCUCCGCGUUCUCCUGCACCAACGAACACGCCGCGCUCGAGCGCCAGUACGCCCUCUUCGCGCCGCAGACAGAGGACCGGUGGGUGGCCCGGUUCGGCCACUUGUACGGCUACGGCGCCGCGUACUACGCCUACCUCUUCGACCGCGUCAUCGCCCGCAAGAUCGUCGCCCGCCUCUACGACGACAACGGCUCCGGCCCGGCCGGGAUGCUGGACAGGGCCAAGGGCGAGCGCAUCAAGACCGCCCUCCUCGCCCCCGGAGGCUCCCGCGACCCCUGGCACUGUCUCCAGGACCUCCUCGGCCACGACGAGCUCGGCUUCGACGGCCCCGCGUCCGCCGUCAUGGCCGUCACCCGCUGGGGCCUCUGGAAAUGA